AACUAAAAGUGUAAAUAAGGAUCAAAAGGUAUAAUUGGGCUGGCGGGAGGCACGGGAAGCAAGUGCUGAACAUGUCUGGGGACAGCAGCUGCAGUCAGACCCUGAGCUGAGACAACCCCGCCACUUGCUGGGUGGUUCCUGGCGAUGGAGUCCAGCUGCUGCCCAAGGACCACAGCACAACCCCUGGUGGGAUGCUCUUCAGCACCACUCCAGGAGGGACCAGGAUCAUCUAUGACUGGAAAUUCCUGAUGGAGUGUCGGAACUGCCCUCUGGCCAAAACGCCCCUGAGGGACCUGUCCACCAUCCCUGGGGUGACCAGCCAUAGCAGUGAUGAGUCCUCCACAGAAGCCAGCCAGUCAACUGCACAGCAGUCCAGAAGGCAAGCCGGUGGGCGUGAAGAGUCACUGUUUGAGAUGGACAUUUAA